UCUAAUAUCACUACUAAAAUUCUCUCUAUCCCUGUUAGUCCAACUGGGAAUAUCACUGUUUACCUUUAUAAGCCAAUAUUCGAUAACAGGAAGAAGGGGCAGGACUUGCUACCCAUUAUUAUUUUCCUUCAAGGUCUGUAUAUACUAGUCCCCAUAAAAUAGUAGUGGGUUAGUAGGUGGGAGUGCUACUAAUUGGAGGACUUGUACUUUUUAGGUGGCAGCUGAGUCUUCAGAGAUUCAAAGUGUUAUAAAAGUCUUAUUGUUGACUUGGUUUGUGAGUCGGGUACUGCUGUGUACUUUGUUGAUUAUGCGUUGAGUCUCAAAGUGGUGUAUCUGAUACCAAUUAAGUAGACCUAUACUGCUAUACAGUGGUUACUGGAAUAUAGUGAAAAGCUCAGUCUUGAUCCCAAAAAGAUGGACAUCGCUAGGGAUAGUACUGGUAGUGUGUUCCACUAUUUCUCGGUUCCUCGUCCCAAUUGCUUACGAACUAACUGGGCAAUGGCAUAUAGGGUACCUAUUAGCAGCUGUCACCCUCCUCAGCAUUAAACGCAAAACCCCUCUUCCAAAAUCACAAGUCUUCUUCUAUCUGGGUACUGACUUCUCUUGUGAGAGCAUAACAGAGAAAGAGUUUACUCAGGGUCCUGGUCUAUCCUCAGAGGAUAUCGGCUGAGUGGCCUCCAUAUUCUUGCCAGAUGUGAACUCAGAGCUUGAGGACACCACCAGUCCCCUGCUCCUGAGCAAUGAGGCUCUCACUAAGUUCCCAGAAACCUUUACACUGGCAAUUGUUUUAGAGAUAAAUCUACUUAGACAGGAGGGUGAGGAUUUUGAAAGGAAGUUGCAGGGGUUGGAUGUUUGUUCUACCACUAUUAGAUUUCUCGGGACCAUUCAGGGCUUUGUUACAGUCAAUAACUUUGCUGAUUCUCUAGCUGCCAGGAGUGCCAUUGAGAUUACAGGAUAUAAGUUGAAGAAGGCCUUAUACUAG